ACAAUACAAUACAAACAUAAAAUAUAAAACCACACACUCAUACACUGAGCACACAGAGGUCUUUCCUCCUUUCGUCACCAUCAAAAGGUGCAAACAAGCAGGGCUCGUUUGUACCCUUGUUUAAAUAUUACUAGUUUUUGAUUUGUUGUUAGAAGAUAGAGAUGGGGAAGAAACUGGAUGCUUUGCUGAGGAGAGGCUUCAAGACCUCAAAAUUCAAGGCCACGGUUGCGCUGGCCGUUUCUCGGCUGGCUGUGCUCAAGAACCAGCGCCAGGCGCGGUGCUCUAUUGCACAGUCCGACGUUGUUGAGUUCCUUAAGAGUAGCAACCAUGACAGGGCUCUUCUCAGGGUUGAGCAAGUGAUAAAGGAGCAGAAUAUGUUGGAUGUGUUUGUUGUACUGGAAGGAUAUUGCCAUCUUUUGAUAGAGAGAGUCAACCUGUUUGAACAAGAAAAAGUUUGCCCUGAAGAGUUGAAAGAAGCUGUGUCGACUUUGAUCUUUGCUGCCACAAGAUGUGGGGAGUUCCCGGAACUUCAACAGAUUCGGGCAAUUUUCACUUCCCGCUUCGGCAAAGAAUUUGCAGCUCGGGCUGUUGAAUUGCGCAAUAAUUGUGGAGUUAAUCCUAAGAUUAUACAGAAGCUGUCAACCAAGCCACCAAGCUUGGAGAACAAAAUGAAGGCGCUGAAGGAGAUUGCUUCAGACUACAACAUUGAUCUUCCGAUGGAGGAAACUGUAUCAGACAGUAGAAUGGAAGAUCAGGACUCAAGCCUGGAGAAGCAGCAGAAGCCAAGUCAAUCAGGUCCUUCUAGAAUUUCUAAUCAAGGAGAGAAUGAAUCAAUGUUACAGCCUGCAGACGAGAUAGACAGAGGUGAAGAUUUUUCUGAUACACUUAAAAUUAGGAGAAAAUACAAGGAUGUGGCUGAUGCAGCGGAAGAAGCUUUCAAGUCUGCUGCUUAUGCAGCAGCAGCCGCUAGAGCAGCUGUGGAAUUAUCACGGUCUGAAUCCACAGAUCCUGAUGAUCCAAAUACCCCCAACAUCCGGCUGAGAAAUGUAACAGCCACGAUUAAGCCAAUCAAAGCUGAACUCCAAACUCAUGAGGAAGAUAUAGCGGAGGACGAGCAUAUGAAAACUGAAGUGAAAUUUGAGAAAAUCCACCCAGUUCAAUACUAUGACUUGGAGAGUAAAGAUGCAGGUAUACAUGAAGAAAAGGGAGAGGAACAGUUCAAAGGAGACGAGAAUGGAACUGAAUUUAAGAGAUCACUUUCUGCAUCAAGCUUGGAUUCAUCAGAUGACAAUGUGAAGGGGGUUAGCCUAUCUUCGGAUGAAGCCGGCCAGAGUAAGAAAGGGGGUGUAGUAUUUGAUGAAAGUGAUGGUGAAGAUGAGCAGGAAAUGAGGGUACCUGGAACAUAUGACUUCAAUGCUGGUCAAAAGAAUGAUGUAUUUGAAGGGAGAAGCAGAGCUCAAGUUGGAGUGAAGAUGAAGACAGGGCCUGGAAAUGCCCACGCUCAAUUUGCUACAGAGAAGAAAACUCAAAUUAUAGAGCCUUUAAACAUCAACAGGAGGCCGAUCUCUGUAAGAACCAGAUGGGCACACAGAUAAUAGUUACAUGUGCUAUUUAACGAGUACUGUUUCCGCUUCGAGUUUUUCUGUAAUAAAUAAUAAUAUAGGUCGUGUGAGCAAGUCCUUUUUGCUUUUGCUUUUCAUGUUUAUCUUUUUCUUCUGUUGUAAAGUUUGAGAGAACUUGUAAUGGCUUUUGUGAAGUUGAAAUGUUGGGUGCCUAGCUUUCCAACAUGUGAAGCUGAGUUAUA